AUGUCACAGCUCAAGGAUUUCGACACCCUCUUCUCCCUUGAAGGCAAGACCGCCCUCGUCACUGGCGGCUCCAGAGGCCUUGGGCUGCACAUGGCCACGGCAUUUCUGCGAUCUGGCUGCUCCCUCGUCAUCAUAACGGCUAGGAAGCGAGAGGGAGAGCAGGGCAUUGACCAAGCAGUCGACAAGCUCAACAAACUACCCGGCAUUGAAGGCAAGGCCGUGGGCAUUGCAGCCAAUGUGGCAAACACAGAGGAUAUCCUGCGUCUUACCAGCGAAGUGAAAACUCUCGUUGGAAAUAGGGGCCUCGGCAUUUUGGUUUGCAAUGCAGGUGCGGCUUGGGGAUCCCCAUUCCUCGAAGCGCCCUCCUCGAGCAGCAUUAAAAUCUUGGACCUAAAUGUUCGAGGUGUCUUCGAACUAGUGCAAAAAUCUGUGCCGCUUAUGGAGACCUCCGCAACUAAACAGAACCCAGCAAGAGUUCUAAUCAUCAGCUCAACAGCGGGUACCAAUGUGCCGCAUGUAGGUGAACAUGGAACUAUCAUGUACUCGACUUCGAAGGCUGCGGUAAAUCACCUUGGUCGCAAUCUAGCCGUUGAGCUGGGUCCUCGCAACAUCACCACCAACAUCAUUGCACCAGGUUUCUUCCCUUCGAAGCUGGCCCAGGGCCUCAUCAACAAUUUAGGUGGAAUUGAAGAGCUCAGCAAGGAUAACCCAGUGGGACGUUUGGGUGAGGCAGAGGAUAUUGCCGGGGUUGCCGUGUUUCUCUGCUCCCGUGCAGGUGGUUAUGUAAACGGCGUCGAUAUAGCAGUUGACGGCGCGGCUAGGUUAUCGGCGGGACGGCUUUCUAGGCUCUAA